GGAGGGAAGUGGAAGGAAAGUGGCAGCCCUCCAGCAUAUUUAGCAGCUAGGAAGCCUGUAAAAACAGAUCCACCCCCCCACCCCCUGACUAUAUGUUACCAUUGUAUGAUAGUGACUGUAACUGAUUGGAAAAAGCAAUGAUUGGGUUGCGUCUUAUUGCAGAAUAAAUGUUUGUUGGGUUGCAGCUAUUGCACUGCAGCCUGAGACCUUAAUCAGAAUGUGUAGAAAGCAUGGUGUGACAUUACUGGAGCCACUAGGCAACCAAUGCAGUGCCGGUAAGUACCAAUGUUCCUGGGGAUGCCACCUAUCCACUCUUUUCCUGUAAAGUGCCUUGAUGAGACUUAAAAUAGGUCUGUAAAAUAAAACAGACUAACCAGCACUGUUUCAAAGUUAAGAGUUAAUCUCCUUGAGCACCUCUGGCUCUUAGAAAGUAUGGACAAUGGAUGGCUGAAGGCCAGCCCUUCACUGUCAAGUGUUCUUAGCUGCCAAGGAAGGAAGGGAGGCAGAGAGAGCUGUGAUGGGGUUAUGCAUGUGGAGAGAAGGCAGGCUUUAUGUACAUCCAGGUUUUCUGAAAGGCUGAGUAGGAAUGUAUGGGAAAGAGAGGCCAUGUUUGUGAGUUGAUCCUGAAAGAAAAAGAAAAACGAAUGACCGGGAUGGAUGGAAUUGAUAAGAGUUCCCAGAAUGAUCCCAGAGAAGAAAAUGAAAUAUAAAAUUGGAGUGGAUUACAUUUUAAAGCUCUCAGACUCCAGUUCUCUGUUUUUUUUUCAGGUUGAAUUGCUUGAAUUUUAACUUUAUCAGUUUGCUUUUCUGUGGCUUCUGUUAAAAUGGAAACCUGUGGAUUCAAAAGAGUUGUUAUUUCCAGCUGUUGCACAGACUUCCUUGCUCAGAAGCUGUAUGUCCUCAGUUGAAUCUCCUUCUCAAAUCCCAGCAACUACAAAACAGCAGAGAUGGGAAGUCUCCAACUUUUUAGCCAAACCAGCCUUCCAAGUCAUCAAAGGGGCCUCAAACAAGCCACCUCCUACGCUUCCUCGGCGGAGUGAACUGCACUUGCAGGCCAGUCUGAGCAGUUUAGAAGGCUAAUCAUGGAUGUCUUGAUACUAGUGCUGCUAUAUGCUUUGAAUGGUCCUCAGGUAGGGCUGGGGUGAUUGGAGACAGGAAGGAUAAAUAACAUCUUUGGUUUGCGUAUUGUAUCUUUUAAACUGGCUUCCAACUUCUAUGGUACAACCAUGAACAAUAACUUUCAACUUUAGCCUGUUAAGGGAAGAAACUAGGGACUUUGAUUCAGCUGAAAUGGUAAACUAACCACAGAAAGAAUGUCCACAGCUCUUAAAUCAGAAAAAUAAACUGAGUAACAUUUUGAUGUACCUUCCUUCUCCAUACUGGUUUGAAAUUAAACUUCCAUUUUUCCCAUUAAUGUAUCUUUUCUUUUUAGAUAACCUGUGGAAUGACCAGAAUCUGGAAGCAGAGCUUGAUCUUCCUUCAGGAUGGAGGAAAAUCCAUGACUCUUCUGGUACUUACUACUGGCAUGUGCCCACAGGCACCACCCAAUGGCAACACCCCUCUUGCACUUCUGGUCUGGGUCAUGCUGGGGAAGCUGCAUUUCCAGAAACGGACCUUCAAUCUGCUAUGGUGAGAUGUGUGCCAACGGAGAGAUUUAUCCCAAGUCCGAUGGCUUCAUCUUCCAAGAGGACAUCACUGGCCUGGCAUGAGGAGGAUCUUCAUCAGGGCAACCCAGAGCCUGGCUCCAAGUGUUUCGUUGUGCGCUCCUUAGGCUGGGUUGAGAUUCCUGAGGAGGACUUGGCCCCAGGCAAAAGCAGUAUUGCCGUGAAUAAUUGCAUCCAGCAACUUUCUCAAAGCAGUUGUGACCAUUGGGGCCCUGCUGAUAGAUGGGGUGAGGGCCAAAACAUGGUGAUGAUUCUCAAGGAGGACACAAUGAACUUAGUGGAUCCUUUGGAUCACAGCCUCAUCCACUGCCAGCCCAUCAUCAAUAUCCGUGUUUGGGGCGUGGGCUGCAACAAUGGCAGGGAUUUUGCUUUCGUGGCCAGUGACAAGGACACGUGUGUGCUGAAGUGCCAUGUCUUCCACUGCAAUGUGCCUGGCAAGGCUAUUGCCAAAGCCCUGCAUGAAAUGUGCUCCAAGAUCAUGGCUGAGCAAGCAGUGGCAAGUAAUAGCCUCACUCGAUCCGUCACCCUUGAAUCUAUCUCUCCAAAUGACAUAUCUCUUCAAGCUGACAUAUUGGAUGCUGUGAGAGAGUCUGUCCAAAAAUACAAAGCUUUCUAUAUUGGCAGCUUACCAGUAUCUAAAUCUAUGGGGAUUGAUGUGCUAAACAAUGCCAUUGAAACUCUGAUGGGCGGCCAUAACCGUGAGCAGUGGAUUCAAGCUGUGAUUAGUGUUUCAGACUCAGUGAUGCAAGCAGAUCAAACUGAAGCUGAGGAGGAGGAAGAUCCCUGCAUUUGGGAAUGCCAAGUCCGCUACGUGACUUUUAUUGGGGUUGGGAGAGAUGCCCACACGUUUGGACUCAUUGCUGACAUGGGGAAACAACGUUUCCAGUGCACAGCCUUUUGGUGCGAACCAGAUGCUGGAACCAUUUCAGAAGCAGUACAGGCCGCGUGCAUGGUCCAGUAUCAAAAGUGCUUAGUGGCUUCUACAUCACGAAUGAGAUCAAAAAAUAGUUCACACUCCAUCAUGAAGCUGAAAAGGACAAUGUCGCUUGACUCGCCUGUAUGUCCAUUUCCCAUCACAGGACCCUCCUUGCAGAAAACUAGCAGCGGGGCCACGACACGCAAGAAGGGCGUGUUCUCUUUCUUUGAAACAUUCCGCCAAAAACAUUCCAUGCUACACACCCCCUAAGAUGGAAACAAAGUCUGGUGGUCCCAGAUGACACUUAAUGACAAUGUCCUCUGAUAUCCAGGCUAAGAAUGUAAAUAGCAUAAUUUUGUCUGUUAACAUCUUUCACUGAAGUGAAAACAGCCAAUACAUCCAAACAAGACUGGAUCCUAAAGGAGGGUCCUGACAGAUUCUGGAGAUUCUGCUAUGCAUAUUUCUUCCAGUCCUUUGCUAUAUAGAUGCUCUAAGGAAGAGGUGAGCUUG